UUCUUUCCAGAUGAUGAAUAUGUCUUCAUCAGCAACAAGUAAACCUAGGAGGUUUGUCUUCUCUAAUGUUGAAGAGAAGGAGUUGUGUGAGGAGAGACUGCGAGAUUUGGGUGAGACAGUCAGUGAAGUUGCAGGGUUUGACAUGGAGACCACACAUCUGAUUGUAGACAAGCCUGUGCGUAGUGAAAAGCUGCUGUGUUGCCUGGCUGGAGGCCGCUGGGUUCUCCACACCUCCUUCAUUGAGAGAAUGGUGGCCUGUGGAAAAUAUGUGCCUGAAGAAGAGAAGUUUGAAUGGGGCAAUCCCCUGAGCAGUGGUCGGCUUCCCUCAUUUCCACCUGGUGACUUGGCCCAAGAGUUAGCAGAGUCAGCCUACAGAUGGCGAACAAAGGUUAAUGGAUCUGCCGAAGGAGCAUUUAAAGGAUUAAAGGCCAUGUUGUUCACCACCCCAGCCAAGAGUGUGUCGUACCAACGGCUGAUUAUUGCUGGAGGAGGAGUUGUACUUCCAUCUAUUUUGUCUUCGGUGAGUAUGGCGACACACUGCUUCAUGGAGAUCAACAAAGUCCCAAACCUGACUGUGCCUCUGAGUGAGUUUGUAACUAACAACGUGCCUUGUCUGCUGCCUGUCUACCUAGCAGAGAUGCUCACUAGCGCCUCACCAAACAUGCAAGACUCGCUCAUACCUGAAUAUAAGAAACUUUUGGCACAAAACAAAUGAACAAAUAUCACAAAUACUUUUAAAAUGCCUGAGUCUUUCAUUAUUCUUGAGAAUAGAAUGCUUUUAAAGUGUGUAUUUAACCCUUUAACCCUUUGGAAAACAAUUAACAAUCUGGCUAAGUUGCACAUUUUGUUUGAUUGUCGAUGUAGGGACUUGAAGUUGUAGAUUUUAAUUUUAAGACCAUGUACUUUCCAAUGAAAAUUUUUAAUUUGUAAAUCUAAAGCCGUUUGCUGUAAGAUGAGUUUGAAAGUUUAAUUUUAUUUCCAGUAAGAUGUAAAAAUAACAUUAUACUAGCAUAAGUUAACUUUUUGUUUAAUUUUUUUUUUAUUAGUUUAGCAGUAACCUCAAUUUCUUAUAGUUUAAUUUUUUGUCAUUAUUAGUUUGGCAAACACCUCAAUUUCUAAUAUUGUAAUUUUUUUUACCUUUUCAAGCUCAGAGUAUUGUCCUCUAAAAAUUUACUUUUAUGACAGAAUGCAUUUUUAAAUCUAUUUAAUUUUGGGAACUGUCAUUAUUGUUUAAAUGGAAUAGUAAAAUA